AAGUUUUUGCAAGAAAUAGCUCAAAAAUACCGCCAUGGGUCGAUUGAAACAAAAAGGAAAGGCUGGUGCAGCAAAGACCUAUAUUACACGGUCAUCUGCUGUGAAGAAACUUCAGUGCUCUCUGGCUGACUUUCGCCGACUAUGUAUCCUCAAAGGAAUCUUCCCUCGCGAGCCCAGACAUAAGAAACGGGCAAACAAGGGGUCAACAGCACCGACGUCAUUUUACUAUGCGAAAGAUAUCGCUUACCUCGCUCACGAGCCAGUCCUGAAUAAACUGAGGGAACACAAAGCCUUCGCGAAAAAAAUCUCUCGAGCACUUGGACGAGGAGAGUGGUCAACUGCGAAGAACUUGGAGGAUAAUAAACCUGUAUACCGAUUGGAUCAUAUAAUUAAAGAGAGAUAUCCAUCAUUUAUCGACGCAGUACGAGACAUCGACGAUGCACUUUGCAUGAUCCAUCUCUUUGCAUCUCUCCCUUCGAAUCCUCGGGUUUCGCCCGCUCUCAUCGAAAAUUGUGCCCGUUUGACCGCAGAAUGGCAGUUAUAUGUCAUGCACACGCGGUCGUUGCGGAAUGUUUUCUUGUCUAUCAAGGGUGUAUACUACCAAGCAGAAAUAAUGGAUCAAAAUGUAACCUGGCUCGUACCGUAUCAAUUCCCACAGAACAUACCAUCCGAUGUGGAUGUCCGUGUUAUGCUUACCUUCCUCGAACUGUACCAGACAUUACUUGGGUUUGUAUUUUUCAAGUUAUAUACAGACGCCUCACUUGUAUAUCCGCCACCCUUGGACUCUGGCAGGGACGAAUCUGGAGCUGGCGUUGGAGCGUUCAAUCUCCGGCCAGUGAACCCAGCCACUGGAGGACCGACGAGCGAUACUCCCAAGGUAUCCAGCAAGGAAGUCCGGCAGACAAUCAAGAGCAUCACUGCAGAAUCAUCCACGAUGCCUCCUAAUGACGUAGAUAUUGAUCAUAUUGAUCGCACCGAUUCCUUUCGCGAUGCCGCUGAGGAGGAAUUUCUCCCUACACUUCUCUCACUCUCAUCCUUACCAAAACCAUCAUCGACAAACAUACUUGCCCCAUACACUUUUUGGCUAUCACGCGAAUCAUCACGAUCAAUAUUCGAGUUCCUCAUCCGGUCUUUUGGUGGUCGUAUAGGCUGGCCGGUCUCAUCAGGAGGUGGCUCACCAUUUACGGAGGAUGAUGAGACAAUCACCCACGUUAUUAUUGACAGGCCCGCUGCCAAGGGUGAUACAGCCCAGGAACAAGAACGUCGAAGACGACGGAAGUAUGUACAACCUCAGUGGGUGGUUGAUUGUAUCAACGCUGGUAAAAUCCUACUCGAGGAUCUUUAUGCCCAAGGAAAGACACUUCCACCCCACCUAUCACCAUUUGGCGAACGAGAUGGAGCAUAUGACCCAACCAUUGGCCUGGCGAACGUCGAGAACUCGUUGAUCCAAGUUGAUGACGCUGAGCUCAGCGAGGACAGUCAGGAGGUAGAAGACGUGGAGAUGGGAUCGGAAUUAGAGGGAGAUGUAAAAUCGAUGGCUGCCUUGGCGGUGGCUGCUGCAGACGACCCAGAGGCCUUGCGUGCGGCGGAACUUGCGGCAGAAGCAGCCGGCGUCGACUUUGGUACAUUCGAGAAGGAGGUACAAAAGAAACAGAAACAGCAGAAACACAAGGGAGAUGCUGUUGUCAAUGGCGGUGGUGAGGAAGACAUGAACAAGAUCCUAAUGAGCAAACGCAAGCGCCAGUUGUACGAAAGAAUGAAGUACGGGGAGAAAAAACGAGCUGCUGAGAUUGAAAAGGACAGACGAAGGAAGGCCAGGGCAUCAUGAGAUUGGUCGUAGUCUUAAGCUUAAGUCCCCAUCGCAUGAUGUUCGAACUAUGUGUGCUCGUCCUUACUGCUACCGUACUGUCUGCAAAUAUACACUGAAUCCCACGAAGAGUAUUAUGUAACUCCGAG